AGACAGUGUUGACAUUUCCACAGACGUGUUCAGCUGUUGAGAGAUUCGUGCUCAAGUUGAGGACCUAAGCCGCGUGCCAAAAUGUGUAAGGGACUGGCAGCUCUGCCGCACUCAUGCCUGGAAAGGGCCAAGGAGAUCAAGAUCAAGUUGGGAAUUCUCCUCCAGAAGCCAGACUCUGCUGUUGACCUUGUCAUCCCGUAUAAUGAGAAGCCGGAGAAGCCUGCCAAGGCUCACAAGCCCUCACUGGAGGAGGUCCUGCAGUGGCGUCAAUCCCUGGACAAGCUUCUCCAGAGCAGCUAUGGAUUUGCCAGCUUCAAAAGUUUCCUGAAGUCUGAAUUCAGUGAGGAAAACCUUGAGUUCUGGGUUGCCUGUGAGAAUUACAAGAAGAUCAAGUCCCCUGUCAAAAUGGCGGAGAAGGCAAAGCAAAUUUAUGAAGAAUUCAUCCAGACAGAGGCCCCUAAAGAGGUGAACAUUGACCACUUCACUAAAGACAUCACCAUGAAGAACCUGGUGGAACCUUCCCCUCACAGCUUUGACCUGGCCCAGAAAAGGAUCUACGCCCUGAUGGAGAAGGAUUCUCUGCCCCGCUUUGUGCGCUCUGAGUUUUAUAUGGAGUUAAUCAAGUAGUCAUCUGGUCAGGCUUCAAAAGUUGCCCUGUGAGUUGAGUUACAUCCUCUGUUGCAACACAGCAUCCCCCAGAUACCUACACAUUUCUCUAUAGCAGCUUUGCUCCAAGAUACCCAAACAUAGGUGAACCACAGGCUGUGUUGCUAACUCUUUCGCUCAUGUUGGUUUGGUUUGGUUACGUAGAUCUGUUGUCUACGGGCCUUCACUUUCUCUUGUUCUUUCUGACUGCUUUGUAAUAAAGGUUUACCAAGUUACUGUCAGUCUAAAUCACAGAAAUAUCCUGUUUAACAUAAAGCUGCCUGUGAAAAAAUAGGUGAUAUAGAAUGCUCUUUAAACUAGGCUGAAAGGAAAGCAGAUGCAAGUAUCCCCUUUCAUGGGGCUUUGACUGGUCUUGUUUAUUGUUUUAAUUCUUAUCCUCUAAUGACAAGAAUUUGGUUAGUAAAAAGCAGCAAGCUGGUUAUAAGGCAGCCACCAUUAGGUCUUUUUAAGCAAGUACAUUAUUUAACAUUACUGAGUAAUUUCUAGAGUACUGCUGUGUUAGCUAGACAUUCUCAAUAAGAGAUACAACAAAUAUAUUCUGGUUCUAAACAGAAUUCAUUUCAAUUCCGCCCUUACGCUUCCAAAUCACUAGGGAAAAAGUCAGCCUUUGACUCUCUAGAACAAUUAGAAAUGCUAAAUACCUAAAAAAAAAUAUUUUUGAACUGUUUCUUAAACAAUGGAAAAUAAUCUAAAAUUGAAAUAUUUUAUUCACAUUAGUUGGAAUAUCUGAAUGUCUGACAAUACCCAAGGAAUGAACCAGCUGUUACACACUCACCCAGAUGGCUCCUGUUAUGGAGACCUCAAUUGACUAUGCUUACCAACUGACUGUGUGAUUGGCUAGUCUUGUCAGUGGAGGGUGAGGAGAGAGGGAAGGACCCCUCAAGGGCAGUGCUAUGAGGCCACAAAAGAACACAGAAAGGUAUGCUUCUGCAGUCCAAUGGCUGUAUUAUAUAUCCAGACAUUUACUGUAGCUCUAUAUAAUUUUAAAUUUAAAGCAAUAUAUACACACACAUAUAUACUCUUCUAACAUAUAAGCUAGCCAGUAGGAGGUAAGUUGUCUAGCUCUAAAGGAGAAGCCAAAUGUUUUAAAAUUGGACUAGAAAGUUUUU